CCUGUUUCCAUUGCCCACUAAAUACCUCUACGAACACCCAAAGCUUCUGUUUCCUCUAGAGAUCGGUUAGCCAUAAAACUUUCCCUUCCUCUUUCUAUAAUCUUCCCUUCUUCAUCCCAAACUAUCCAACCCCUUGCUCGAACUCCUCUCCAACCAUCCAGUUCACCAUCCACAUUUAUCUUUAGUAAACCCUCUUCUGGUUUCGGCCAUCUGUCGGUCCUCAAACAUCGAGCUGAAUUUAAAACAUCAUUGAGGUCAUGUGCUCUUUGCCAACCCUUUAGCAUAGUCGACCCUCGAGCUUCCAAAUGUGAUCUAAUCGAAAAUCACAAAUAAGGUGGUGCACAGAAAGAUAUGAUGGAUGAGCUGUACGGGAUUCACUCAGUGCUUGCUCCAUCAUCAUCAUCAACUUCAUAUGCUCCCUCAUCCAACAAUAAUGUCUUUUGUCUUGAAACUGAUGGAAAUGAUCACCACCAUAGGAGUAGUAUGAUCAACAGCUAUGGUGAGGAUCUACAAAGUCAACACCAUCUUCUGGUUGGCCAAGGAGGUAGUGGUGGUGGAGGAGGAGAUGAUGAGAUGAUGAUGUCAGAUGAUGUAAAGGCACAGAUUGCUAAUCAUCCUCUUUAUCCCAACUUAGUAUCAGCUUAUAUUCAGUGCAGAAAGGUAGCAGCACCACCAGAAAUGGCUUCAAUUCUUGAAGAGAUCAGCCCUCACCCUACCGCCACUACCACAACAGCUGAUGAGAUUAUCACUGCAAAUCCUGAACUUGAUGAAUUCAUGGAAUCUUACUGUGAACUUAUGUACAAAUAUAAAGAAGAGUUGUCAAAGCCCUUUGAUGAAGCUAAGACUUUCUUGAGUGGCAUAGAGUCACAGCUCAACAGCCUCUGCAAAGAUACCUUACCAACCACCACCACCUUCAACAUCUAUCACUCUUGUGAUGAAGGAGGCGGGACAUCAGAAGACGAGGUAAUAAGUUGCGGAGAAAUGGAAGUGGGAGAGAGUGAAAUGGAGGCGUGGCCGUCGUCUCUGAACAAAGGGGAGGGAGAGCAGCAGAUUAAAGAAACGCUGAUGCGGAAGUACAGCGGAUACCUUAGCAGUUUGAGGAAGGAUUUCUUGAAGAAGAGGAAGAAAGGAAAGCUCCCAAAAGAUGCCAGGGUUGCUCUGCUCCACUGGUGGACCUCCCACUAUAGGUGGCCCUACCCUACGGAAGAGGAGAAGAACAAGUUGUCAGAGAUGACAGGGUUGGACCAAAAGCAGAUAAACAACUGGUUCAUUAACCAAAGGAAGAGGCACUGGAGGCCAUCUGAAGACAUGCGCUUUGCACUUUUGGAAGGAAUAAAUGGUGAGAAUUGCAGGGCCGAUAAUAAUGUGCUUUGAUGCAGGCAUUUGAAAUAUGAUAUAUAGGCAUUUGAAAUAUAUAGUUAUAAUGCAGAAAUUAUUUAUUUGUGUUCAAUUCCUAGAACUAUUCCAAUCCUGAUGAUGUCUAUUGCAACAUGCAAGUUGCCACCACCUUUACCUUUGAUUCAUAUGGAGUUGCAAAAAAAUGUGAAGGGUGUGUUUGGAAAGUGGCAUUUCAGUCAAAAAAUAGUAGUUUGAUCUUUUCUGGCGUUUUUAAUUAGUGGAGAUGUCGAUCCUAAUUGUUUGAUAACUAAUGGUUUGUCCCUG